CUCUCCUUCGCCUAAAGCCAGGACAAAUUGCUUCUGGGUCGUCACUAUUCCACAGCCUGGCUUGACUGUUCGUCUUCCUCGUUGAUCCCUACGUGCAAACGGUGCCAUUUCGACGACAACGAAUCAAAAGACAAACAAUGGCUGAUCAUAAUAACCUCACAAAAGAAUGGGGCGAUAAGCUUGCGCAGCUGGUUGCCCAGGAUGUUACGAAUCCCCCUCCAGCGGAAAAUGCAGUCAAUGCCAAACUGCAAAAUAUCGACGGUACUGGCGUCGCCGCCCUGGUGAGCAAGCUGACCCAGCCUACCAGUAAGUAUGGCGGCUUCGCCCUGAUUCUCCAGGACGAUACAGAGUACAAGGAAUUCGAGUGGCUCCAGUUCAUCACCCGGCAGCUCGUUGCUAAUGGUGUCGCCAUAAACGGCAACCUGGUCAUCAAGACAAACACGACCUCCUAUCAGUUGGUAAACUCAGUGGACGACAUCACAGACUACACUUUCGCAAACGGCAACGAGCCCUCUAACUGGGACACCUGCUGGAAGGUAGACUCUAUCAUUGUCCCAGUGCCCAGACCCUUCUUCCGCGACUCGUACGAAUACGCCAUCUCGGAUCCCCAUAAAUUUACCGCCAUUCUGGACGCCCCGGGUAUCCUGACCGGCAAAACCCCGACUUGGGACAAAUCCUUGUACGAAGAUCUCCCGCCCAACUGUGUGGUGAUGAAGGAUCAGCUGGGUACUCAACAGGGAAUCUCCCGCGCCUACUUCUCAGACUACCUCAUGAAGAAGGACCAAAACAAAUGGCGCGUCUGCGCCCGCCUCGACUUCAGCUUGACCUGGAACGCACAGGAUACGGACAAGAACAACUUCACAGUCCGUUGUAUAAGCACCACCGCAACCACGUCGCUGCUUGAUUGCCACAAGGCCGCUCUCAUGCACAAGACGGUACCGGGCAGCCCGACCAAGCAGCCCACCGAACCCUGGAAGACGUUUCGCGACUCGAUUGUCCCUUGAACCUAGCCCCUAGAGGGGAUUGAACCUUUUUGCGGGGACAUGAGCUCGUAGAGUGACCACGAGGAUGACAGUUUAUCCAGUAUCUUCACAUGCUGAAGACUCACGUACUCGACACGCCCCCCGUGGUCGACUCUUGUGUCUUUUUCCGUGAUACGAAGUAACCUUGGCAUUAUUAUGAAGGGGGAGGAACGGAGAAGGAAGAUGCCGGAAGGACAGUAGAAAUAUAGUAAUAUACUUGGUUCUAUAAGCGUUAGAUUACUUGUGUGAUACUGAGUUUUGACUCUGGGAUAAACAAAAUGAUGGGACGAUCUGAGAACAACCGUGCCUAUCCGUAGGUGGGGAGUGCUUAGGGAUGACUGAACAUAGGGUUUGUGCGUUAAAAGUCAGGCCAUGGCAGAGGAA